CAUAGAGUGAGAGGGGAAUUUCCACUUUUUUGGCUUUAUCUUUUCUUCUCUAGUGGGUGAUCUUGAUGCUCUAAAGAUCAUAUUCCUUAAUAGUCCAUUGACAACUAUGACCCUAUAUAAAUCAUAUAACAUGUCACACUUGAUGUAAUAUACAUGAGGGCAAACUAGACAAUUUUCAAUAUGGAUUGCAUACAUUUCAAGUCACUACAAAGCUUCAAAUUUAAUAAAUUGUAAUGAGCAUGUCCAGUUCCAGAGAUUUACAUAACAGAUAUCAAUGUCAUUUGGGUUGAUAAAAAUUCUAGUUGCUCUCAUCUUCUUCUCAAUUGUUCCCUUCAAAUCUGAGGGACAAUAUCAUGAUUGGUGCAUAGCUGAUGAACAAACACCAGAUGAUGAGUUGGUGUUAGCCACCAAAUGGGCAUGUGAAAAUGGAGCUGAUUGCACAAAAAUACAAGAGAACCAACCAUGUUACCACCCAAAUACUGUGACACAACAUGCCUCUUAUGCAUUCAAUAGCUAUUACCAAAACAUGAAGCUUAAAGGAGCUACUUGUUACUUCAAUUCUGCUGCUGUUUUAACUGCACGUGAUCCAAGCCAUGAUGCAUGCAAGUUUGAGGUUAUACCUUGAUCAAUCUUCUUUCCCAUGAUUGGAAGAGUUAAUUUAAAUUGUCUUUUUUUUCCCCUUCUUUUGUCUAUUUAUAUGUUUUAAUUAUUAAUAUUUUUUCACUUACAUAAAUGUAACAAAAAUUUACUGCAUGGAAUGGUGUAAAAGGAUUUGGUUUGAGCAUCCAAUGACAAUAAUUCCCUUUAUCUAA